AUGAAGUAUAUUUAUUCAAUUCAUAGGAGAUGCUUUAACUCUUAUAUUCCACAUACUAUACUCGUCUGUAUUCUGAUUUAUUUUGUAUACAUUUUCCGUUACAAUCAUGAGUCUGGAGUUAUACUGGAUGAAGUUUCCUCUUAUACAAAACUUGUACGACAGAACAUUGUUCUUGCAAGAAGCAGGCGAGAUUCCAAAGUGUUUGUUGAGCCGUUCCAAUCAGUUUCUGAAAAUUUCCAAAUUGUUCCCGAGUUCAAAUUGGCGUAUUGUCCUAUCCCUGAGGUUAUGUCUAGCAUAAUGACAAGCUUGGUUUGCUAUUUAUACGACUCGGAGGAAUAUUUUGAAAAUCAAUCUGUUAAAAUGGAAGGUUGGAUGGAUUUGAGACCCUGUCGCCGACGAAACGAACUAAAUGAUUAUUUAAGCCUAGAAAAAGUGUUUCCUGAAUUCAAUUUCAAAGGUCUGGUUGUUGUGAGAGAUCCUUUCGAGCGGUUUGUCAGUAACUAUGUUACUAAAUGCCUCGUUGUAAGUAAUAUGGUACGUAAUGAAACAUGUUUCAACUGUCCCAGAAAUGAUCUACAUUGUACAAUUGAACAAUUAGAGAAAGCCUUAAAGGAAAUGACCGCAAACUCAAGAUCUCCGAGGACUUUUAACUAUGAGAUUUCGCAAUUUGCGCCUAUAACAUGGUAUUGCAAGAUGGAUACGUUUUAUCGGAAAGCGUUUUUCGUAAGACAUGGUAUCUUUGGAAAUGAUCGCCAUGUCAUGGCUAACCAAAUAGCCAGCAUAUUGAGGUUGUCCAAUACAUCUCAGAAGAAAGCAAGCUUCGUGGCUCAAUCUCUGACAGAUGAGAUCACAUGGAAGCACUCAGGGAAUGCAUUAGUUGUUAAGGAAGAAAUUAGUUCGAGAAUAAGAAACAAUCAGACAUUACUAACUAUUUUAAAUAAUAUUUAUUACCAUGAUUAUGUGAUAUUUGACUAUGAACUAGCUCAAUAA